AAAAUCAGUUUGUGAAUCCCAAUCCUCAUUCUGAGCCGUCCAACGGCUGCUUUUUCUUCCCCGUCCGCCUCAGCAGAUUCUCAUCUUUUCCCGAUCAGCUCCACUUUCUCUUCAUUGCUUUCCCAAGCGAAGAAUCUCAUCUACUUGGUCCCUCUUCUCUUUCUAAAGCACCCUUUCCUUUCUACAUCAGAGAUUCCCCUUUCUUUUCCCAGCUAAGCUUUUCACGAUGCCAUCAUCCAUCUUCUUCUUCACCUCUCUCUUACAUUCCUUUUAUGAACACAUCUCAUUCAUCUCCUUUCUCCCUCUCCAUUCCUUAUUUUCCUUUUUCAUCAAGCUCAACUGUACACGCAAACUGAUCAAUUAUGUCUUCUUCAGGUGUCAACCAUUUAUCUCAGCCAUGUAUUUACGGGAACUUUGUUUCAUCGUAUGGGGAGAGAAAAUCUCGCUUCAUGAAGUGGUUUAGCAAGUUGUUUAAGGGUGGAUCCGAUCGUGGAUUAACAGGCAAGCGACAUCCACAACUUCUCGGGGAUGAAAAUACACUCCGCCGAGCCCCUGCCCAAUCUUUGGAUGAUCGCCCUAGAUCUGCAAGAGACAAAGAAGAGUUAGAUCAUGCAAUUGCUCUUUCCCUGGCUGAAGAUUUGCGAAGACCUACUGGAUAUGGGUGGCGUGAAGAUAAUAAUCAAGACUUUAAAUUUCCAAAUAGUCUUAAUCCGUCUUUCCACCCUCCUUAUGCACCGGUUGAAUAUCAGCCAAGAGGAUAUAGAAUAUGUAGUGGCUGUAACCAAGACAUUGGCUAUCAAAACUACUUGGGGUGCAUGGGAACCUUUUUCCAUCCAGAGUGUUUCAAAUGUUAUGCAUGCCAUUACCCCAUUACUGAGCACGAGUUUUCUCUGUCAGGGAGCAAGGCCUACCAUAAAACAUGCUUCAAAGAGCUCACGCAUCCCAGAUGUGAUGUUUGCCAUCAAUUUAUUCCCACGAAUGGAACUGGUUUAAUAGAGUAUAGGUGUCACCCAUUCUGGUCCCAAAAAUACUGUCCAUCGCAUGAGCUUGAUUACACUGCCCGCUGCUGCAGUUGUGAGCGUUUAGAGUCCUGGAAUGCAAGAUACAUAUCACUUGGAGACGGCAGAAGUCUAUGUUUUGAGUGCAUGGAAUCUUCCAUCAUGGAUACUGGAGAUUGCCAACCUUUAUAUCAUGCAAUUAGAGACUAUUAUGAAGGAAUGAACAUGAGGAUUGACCAGCAAAUCCCAAUGCUUUUGGUGGAAAGACAAGCCCUUAAUGAGGCCAUUGUAGGCGAGAAAAACGGUUUCCAUCACUUGCCUGAAACAAGGGGUUUAUGUUUGUCAGAAGAGCAAACUGUUACUAGUAUACUCAAAAGGCCAAAAAUAGGAGGCCACAAAUUAGUGGGGAUGAGAACACAACCUCAAAAGCUUUCUCGAAAAUGUGAAGUUACCGCAAUUCUUGUCUUGUAUGGUCUCCCAAGAUUGUUGACAGGUGCAAUUCUUGCUCAUGAGUUAAUGCAUGGUUGGUUACGCCUGAAAGGUUAUCGUAAUCUGAAUCCGGAUGUUGAGGAGGGAAUUUGUCAAGUUCUAUCAUACAUGUGGCUGGAAUCAGAGGUGAUGCCCACAUCAAGAAACAUGCCAUCUAGUUCAAUGGCAUCAUCUUCUUCUUCGUCUUCUUCUUCAUCCAAGAAAGGCGCAAAAUCUGAGGUUGAAAAUAAGCUUGGUGAGUUUUUCAAGCACCAGAUUGAGCAUGAUGCAUCGCCUGCAUAUGGAGAUGGAUUUAGGACAGCUAAUGCAGCUGUUAUCAAAUACGGUUUACGCAGCACUCUAGAACACAUUCGUCUAACCGGAAACAUCCCUCUUUAGA